GAGUUCAGGCCGGGGUCAGUGGGAGUUCGCAGCCCGGGCUUUACCUUUGCGCCCAGCCGUGCGCCGGCGGCACAUGCUGCCUCCUGCGCUGCGCCGCGGAGCGGCCGCCGGGCCUGGCACGCAGGGCGCAGCGAGCGCCGAGGGAGGCAGCGCCUUGGCAGCACAGCCCGCGGAGCUGGCAUGGGCCGGAGGCGCCGGCUGGCGGCGGGGAGCGCGCGGCGGGGACCCAGGGGCUGAGGCUGCUGCUCAGGGGACAUGAGAGUCCGCAGAGACCUCGGCUGGCUGGCGGAAGCGACGGAGCCCCCAGGUGGCGGGGGGAGCCCCGUGCUGGAGGCCAUGGAGAUGCCGAGCCACUCGAGGCAGCUGCUCCUGCAGCUCAACACGCAGCGGGCCAAGGGCUUCCUAUGCGACGUGAUCAUCGUGGUGCAGAACGCGCUGUUCCGGGCGCACAAGAACAUCCUGGCGGCCAGCAGCGCCUACCUGAAGUCGCUGGUGGUGCACGACAACCUGCUCAACCUGGACCACGAGAUGGUGAGCCCGGGCGUCUUCCGCCUGGUGCUGGACUUCAUCUACACCGGCCGCCUGGGCGAGUGCGAGCCGGGGGAGCCGGGCCUGGGCGCGGUGCUGGCGGCCGCCAGCUACCUGCAGGUGCCGGCCCUGGUGGCCCUGUGCAAGAAGAAGCUGAAGCGGACGGGCAAGUACUGCCACCUGCGAGGCGGCUACAGCCCCUACGGCAAGAUGGCCAGGGGGCUGCGGGCCGCCACCCCCGUCAUCCAGACCUGCUACUCGGGUGCCCCCCGGCCUGUGGACAUGCAGCCUGGCGAGCCCCACAACCCCCUCAGCACCCAGUGCGGGGAGCUCUACGCCUCCGCCUCCCAGGGCACCGCCCUGCACCAGCCUGGGCUGUGCCCACCCGAGAGGCACUGCUCCCCCCCCUGCGGCCUGGACCUCUCCAAAAAGAGCCCCCCCAGCCCUUCCUCCCAGCUGCUGCCCACAGACAGACUCCACCCGGGGGACAGCAGGGAGCCCUUGCUGCCCCCCGGGCACGACAGCCCCCCGGGCAGCGCUUCCCUGCUGGUCAACCACAGCUCCGCCUACAAAGACCCCCCCCAGGUGGGCGAAGGCGUGAUCCACCCUGCGGAGCGCUUCCGUGGCAGCCCGCCCUGUGCCGAGCCCCUGGCCCGGGCCGAAGGCCGCGACUUCCUGUACCGCUGGAUGAAGCACGAGCCCCCGGGCAGCUACCUGGAGGAGUGUGAGGCGGAGAAAGAGGCUGAGCGGGAGGAGAAGGCCGAGUCGCCCCCGCAGUCCCGCUACCCCAGCAUCGAGAGCAACGAGCUGGAGAACGACAACAGCACCAGCGAGGACACGGGCAGCAGCGAGGGCCCCUCCCCUGGGGGCACCCUGGGCCCCUACUGCAGCCACCUGGCCUACGAGCCCGAGAGCCUGGGGGACAACCUGUACGUGUGCAUCCCCUGCGGCAAGGGCUUCCCCAGCUCGGAGCAGCUCAACGCCCACGUGGAGGCCCACACCGAGGAGGAGCUGUACCACAAGGCGGCCUCGGAGCAGGCCGGCCCCUUCCUGGACAAGGGUGGCCAGAGCCUGGGCGACAUCAUCCGGCCCUACCGCUGCUCCUCCUGCGACAAGGCCUACAAGGACCCGGCCACGCUGCGGCAGCACGAGAAGACGCACUGGCUCACGCGGCCCUACCCCUGCACCAUCUGCGGCAAGAAGUUCACGCAGCGCGGCACCAUGACGCGGCACAUGCGCAGCCACCUGGGCCUCAAGCCCUUCGCCUGCGACGCCUGCGGCAUGCGCUUCACCCGGCAGUACCGGCUCACCGAGCACAUGCGCAUCCACUCGGGCGAGAAGCCCUACGAGUGCCAGGUGUGCGGCGGCAAGUUCGCCCAGCAGCGCAACCUCAUCAGCCACAUGAAGAUGCACGUGGCCGGGGCUGACGGCAAGUCCAAGCUGGACUUCCCUGAGAGCGUCUUCGCCAUGGCGCGGCUCACGGCCGACCAGCUGGGCCUCAAGCAGGAGAAAGCGGCCGAGCUGCUGUCGCACACCUCCCACUUCCUCAGCGACCCCAAGGGCCUGGAGAGCCUGUACCCGCUGGCCCGCUUCACAGCCGAGCACCUGGGGCUGAGCCAGGAGAAGGCGGCCGAGAUGCUGGGUCCAGCCUCACACCUGCACAGCGAAGGGGGCCGGAGCAUAGAGUGCUAUUCCCCCACCUAACGGGGCAUCCCUGGCACCCCAGGGCUGCCCACUCCAGCCACAGCCAAAGAGCCCACACGGCCAUGGGGUCUGCAGAGCCCACCGCCCCCUCCCCAGAUGGACUCUCUGUAGCAUUUGGGGAGUGGAAACUUUUCUCCCUGAAAAUGUGCAGUGGCCAAAUGUUUCCUCCAGCCUCCAUCCAAUGGGGAAAGGCCAGAACAGCCAAAGAGGGGGUGGGGUGAGCCCCUGGCAAAGGGCACUGGGCAGCAGCUCUCUCCACCUGCUCACUCACCCUGGUGUGAGGGGAGCAGCAGAAGGGUUUGAUCUUCUGAGGCCUCUGCAGGAAUCUCUACACCCUGGCCCAGCAAACCCUGCCCAGAGCCUGGGCCUGGCGCGUGCCUCUUGCUACAGAGCCCUGGUUGGGGCAGCUCCUCUCCCAGCUCUGACUGCAGCUGGGCCUGGCUCCCAAAGAGCCUCCUGGGCCCACCUCGCUGAGCCGAAACCAAAGCAACCAGCUGAGGAGGAGACCCAGCCCCCGCACCCUCGCUGUACUCAGGGAUGGCCCCAGUGUCCUGCCUGGGCCAGGCCAGGCCCAGCUGCCUCAGGAGAAUUCCUGCCCUGGGCGAUUCCUGAGGAACCUGAGCCCAGAGCCUCCCCCCACCCUUCCCCAGUGGCUGGUGGGAGGGAGCGUGGAUCUGGGGCCCAGCUGGCCUAGCCUGAGCCCCUGGGCUGCAUCCCUCCCCACCCUCCAGUCUCUGCUCGGGGGGGUCUCAGGGGGGGACCGUGCUGCUGUUUCUCUGGGGGUCUCGGCUGGGAGCUGGGCUGGGAGCAUGAGGACACGGGAGCCGUUUGUUGAACCCCAAUUGAGCUUUCCCAGGGGUGGGCAGCCCCCCUCCUGCCUUACUAGGCUGCAGCGGGGGAGCUGCCCCCUCCCAUGGCUGGUGCCCAGGCAGAGCAGGGCUCCAGGCCGCAGAGCAUGCAGGCAGGGGGCCGGGCUGCUCUCUGGCUCUGCCUUGCUGGGCUCCGCUGGGCAGCAGGGCUCUGCCAUGCUCGGGUGGGGCUGAGAGCUUUAUGCUGAAGCCAGUUGGGGGCAGUGCAGAGGCCAGUGACACUGAGGGGCAGAGCCUCCCCGCACUCCUGGGUUAAUGGGGCACAAGAUCCAGGUGCUGCCACUCCCGGAGCCCUGCCUGGGGCCUUCCUUGCUCUGUCCAGGCUGGGCCACCAGAGCCGUAGAGGCUGGGCCGAGGGCCCUGGCCUGAGGGACCCAGGGCAGGGUCCCAUCCCACCCCCGUCUGGCCUGCAGGAUAAUGUGAAGCUCUUUUCCCUGCCUUAGUCUUUUCUCCUUUGCACACGAGGCCGAGGCGGCCACCCCACGGUGCCUGCUCCUGGCCUCCAACCCACUGUGCCUUUAGCCUGACCGGCUGCUCCGCCAAGGGGGCUUGGGUCCGACCGUCCAUGCUGCCGGCUCAGGUGCCUCUGGCUAGCAGAGACUCAGGACUCUGACCCUGCCUCCAGCUGCGCAGGAACUUGGGCACCAAACGGGCUCCCCGGGCACCAAACGGGCUUGGCGAGGGCCAGGAAUCCCAGGCCAGAGUCCAGCACAGGCUGCCCUGCCCCCUUGCAGCCAACAGGGCAAAGCUGCAGCAGCUGUGACCAAAGCGCAGGGGGAGGGGACGUAUCCAGUGCAUGGAUCCAGGUCUCCCUGCCCCCUCCCACUUUGUAUAUUCUUCUGAUUUGUACACGGGCGUUUUAUCCCGUCCUUUUCUAUACUCAAGACCAAAUGAGCAAUAAAGUGACAUUAA